GUAAAACCCUAAUCAGCUCCGAACCUCAGGUCUACCGUUUCCUCCCCCAAAACCCUUGAACAAUAGUAGACGAUUACGAACCCUGAUAAUGUCUACUUCUCUUCUACUCCGCCAAGUUCGCCACCUCUCCACCGCCGCAGCCGCCGCCGCCACCACCACCUCCUCCUCCUCCUCCUCCUCCGCUAUCUCCAUCUCCAAAGCCAAAGCGAAACUGAGAUCGGAGUUGGACCCAGACAAAGCCCUAGAAAUCUACUCCUCCGUCUCCAACCACUACACUUCCCCUGUCUCCUCUCGCUACGCCCAAGACCUCACCGUCAAGCGUCUCGCUAAGUCUCGCCGCUUUGCCGAUAUCGAAACCCUCCUGGAAUCCCACAAAAAUGAUCCCAAAAUCACCCAAGAACCCUACAUCUCCACCCUCAUCCGAUCUUACGGCCUCGCCGGCAUGUUCGAUCACGCCCUCAAAACCUACAAUCAAAUGGAUGAUCUCGGAACUCCCAGGUCGGCAAUCUCCUUCAAUGCUCUUCUCUCGGCCUGUAACCAAUCCAAGCUCUUCAAUCAGGUCCCCAAACUGUUCAAAGAAAUUCCUCAGAAAUACGGGUUUUUGCCCGACAGAGUAUCGUAUGGUGUAUUGGUUAAGUCGUAUUGUGAGUCGGGUUCGCCUGAAUUGGCGAUUGAAACAAUGAAUGAAAUGGAAGAUAAAGGGAUUGAAAUUACCACUGUUACUUUUACGACAAUCUUGGAUGCUUUGUACAAGAAAGGGAAUCGAGACGAGGCCGAGAGGAUUUGGAAUGAGAUGCUGAAGAAAGGGUGUUUGCCUGAUGUUGCAGUUUAUAAUGUUCGGUUAAUGCAUCAUUCUCAAGGUGGUGAAGCAGAAAAUGUGAAGGGAUUGAUCGAGGAAAUGAGCAAUCUUGGGCUAAAACCGGACACGAUUAGCUACAAUUAUUUGAUGACUUGUUAUUGCAAGUGUGGGAUGAUGGAUGAGGCUAAGAAGGUUUAUCAAGGGUUGGAGGAAAAUGGAUGUUAUCCAAAUGCUGCAACUUUUAGGACUUUGAUUUAUCAUAUGUGCCGGAGUGAGGAUUUUGAGGAGGGUUACGAGAUGUUCAAGAAGAGCGUGAAGGUUCAUAAGAUUCCGGAUUUUAACACGUUGAAGCAUUUGGUGCAUGGGUUGGUGAAGAAGUCAAAAAUUGACGAGGCAAAAAGGAUGUGUUGGACAGCAAAGAAGAAGUUCCCGGCUAACUUUUUGAAUGCUUGGAGGAAACUCGAAGAGCAACUUGAUCUGGCUGCAAUUCCUUCUUCAGGGACUGGUGAAAAACGAUAGGCUAAUCUUCGAGUGUUGUUGGAACUUUUUGCACUGGGAAUUGAUGAUCAUUUUUGAUCUGCAACUCAAGGGAUGCAGUUUGGCUAAAUUGUGAGCUAGCAAUGUUAAUUUUUUUUGAUUUGACUGAAAGCCAGAUUGAAUCUUUGAAUGAGGCUAUUGUUAUACUUCAAAAGAGAUGCUAAAGUUUUGGUUGAAUUCUAUGUUGAUGUUAGUAUUUGUUUUGUCUCCUUGUCUAGCAUGCAAUUGGAUGCUCUAGUUGUUGUUGUUGUUGUUGUUGUUUUUUUUUUUUUUGGUAAUAAUCUGAGUCAUGUUUUGUCAUGCUAGUGGCAGUGAGCCUUCUAAAAGGAUUUGAUGUUUGAAAUUGUUAACAAAGAGAUAACCGCAGAGUUCAGUCUGAGCAUUGAUUA